AUGUCCUCUCUAGAUAUCAGAAAAAGCUUAAUCUAUCCAAGUCAAAUUUCACAGCUAAACGAUGCUGAUUUGCCUGUGAAGCGAUGUAACUUGAGACAAUGGCACAAGACUGCUUUAGGAAUUAAAAUUAUUACAUACUUGCAGCAACAAGCAGAAAGCAAGCGGCGCCGUGUUGUCCUCGCCGGCCCAACCGCUUUAUGGUGCCCCGCCGCCCGUCGCCGCGUUAACUCCGGCUGCGCCGCUGCCGCCCCGUGUUUUCCAGGGAAGUGCCGGGGGCUCCGCACCGCCCGCAAGCUCCGCAGCCACCGCCGCGACCAGAAGUGGCACGACAAGCAGUACAAGAAGGCCCACCUGGGCACCGCGCUGAAGGCCAACCCCUUCGGCGGCGCGUCCCACGCCAAGGGCAUCGUCCUGGAGAAGGUUGGUGUGGAAGCUAAGCAGCCCAAUUCUGCUAUUAGGAAAUGUGUCAGGGUCCAGCUGAUCAAGAAUGGCAAAAAAAUAACAGCCUUUGUUCCCAACGACGGUUGCUUGAACUUCAUUGAGGAAAACGAUGAAGUUCUCGUUGCUGGUUUUGGUCGGAAGGGUCAUGCUGUUGGUGAUAUUCCUGGAGUUCGUUUCAAGGUUGUCAAAGUAGCCAAUGUUUCUCUAUUAGCCUUGUACAAAGGCAAGAAAGAAAGACCAAGAUCAUAAAUUCCUUUUGUGCCAGCUAGAGUACUAAUAAACGUUUUAAUUUGAUAAAUAUUUGUGUGGCUUUCUAUGUCAUAAAUGAAGGGUUUGUAUAUACAAACCCUUCACUCUGUGUAUUAUUAAACAUUGGGUGACGUGUUUGAGUGAAUGAUUUGGCUAUAGAUGACGCUAAAACUGAGUGCUUCUCUGAUUUUGGAUCAGAGAGGCAUAACUUAUUUUGAGGAAUAUGAUCAAAAGGAAAAAAAAAAAAACCUUAUACCAGAAUUUUCACAAGUCCUACGUAAGUUUAAAAAUCAAAACAAGAAAUGGCAAAACCUACGGUACUAUCAUCUCAAAUCUCUGUUCCUGGAAGAUCUUAACACAUUAGUGAAUGUUUGUUUGCUUUGUGCACUGAACGGCAUAGUCUGUUUCAAUAUAUUCAUUUUAUUAAUUCAUCUAUUUCCUUCCUAGUCAGCCUUUAAAUAUCAAAAGUUCCUAAUGUUCUUAAAAUGGUAAAGCAAGACUAUAAUAUUUUUACUAGCUUAAUUUCCCUAUUCUUAAAAUUACCAAAUUGGGAUUGCAUUUGCUGAAGAUACUUGUUUAUAGUAGUACUCUGUUAGCUCCUGAAACUGUUGCUUGGUUUUCUGGUUUUGUUUGUUUUUUUGUUAUUGACUUAAUUUAUUUAUUCUGUCCAGAUUGAAUAUAAAAAGCAAAACAGCCCUGCGUAAACACACACAGUAUGUAUUUUCUGUUUAAGCUGUAAACAUACAUUGUGUUAAUAAAGAUACAUUUAGAUCUAA